AUGGUUCUCGGACAGUCGAAAUGGUUGGAUGAUUCCAACGACGUCUUUGUGGAUAACCGCCAGCCUCCACUUCCAGUCUAUUCCUUUAGACCCGACCAUCAGCAAUCGGCUGUGCAAAAACUGCACUAUUUGCGCAGUACUUUGAAGGGUGACGCGUCUCGACUUAUCGCUUCCAUUACGAUUACCGCGGACAAUUACGCUAUCGCAUGGAAAACCAUUUGUGACCGGUACGAAAACACAAACUAUCUCGUGAAGCAGCAUAUGUCUGCUCUUUUCCGCGUUCCGUCAGUGCGAAAGGGUACUUCUUCAGCCUUGUCCGAAUUAGCGGACGAAUUCAACCGCCAUGUCGGAAUUCUCGACAAGCUCGAGAAUAUAGAUGCCCACUGGAAUUCUUUCCUGGUGGAGCGCCUAAGCAGCCUACUUGACGAGAAGUCUCUCAUCGAGUGGGAAACUCAGUGUAGUGAAGAAGAAUCGCCUCAGUAUACGGAUUUGCUUGAGUUCAUCCGAAAGAGAUCGCGUACUCUACAAAAGUGCUCCACGUCGUGUAACUCUUCUUCGACUGUGCAAGUGAAGCCCACAAAGGCCAAAUCAACCUCUUCUCACGUGGUUUCUGAGAACGUUACGAAAUGUCCGAGCUGUAAACAAGCUCACGCGUUGGUUCAGUGUGAUGCGUUCAUCAAGUUAAACCCGAACAAUCGACUCGACUUCGCCAAAAAACACCGUUUGUGCAUAAAUUGUUUGAGAGGUGGCCAUAUGGCUAAGGACUGCCGAAGUAGUUUGUGUAGAACGUGUGGAAAGAAGCAUCACAGUAUGCUACAUCUACCAAAACCGGUGUCGAAUUCGGCGAUUAUCACUCCGCCGAACGAAGAACAAAUGCCGAACACUACCCAAGCGUGUACAGCCAUCUGUUCUACAGCAACCACUACAUCUCAAGCUGAGAUAUCGUUUUCGGUCGCAAAUGCACCACCGGUGGUGCUCACGCGUUCGUUACCCCAGGCAGCCGCGCCGGUCUCGCGAAACGAUUCGUCGCCUCACGCCGCGAUCGACCAACCCCCCUCUCCGUCGCCGGUUGUUUCGCUCGAUCGCAACGAAUCUGAACCAACCCCAUACUGCGCCCAGCCUCCACAGCCUCUACCACCCGCCACAUCGUUGACCCAAGCAAACAAUACUUUUGAAAGCAUUGUGUUCCUAUCGACGCUGUUGUUCGAGUUCGAGAUUGGUUCCCAAUCGAACUUUGUUUCUGAAUCACUGUGCCAGAAAUUAGAUCUCAAGCGUACACGAAUCAGCCUUCCUGUUAGUGGUAUCGGGCAAGCCACCGUAAACGUACACUACAAGGUGAAUAUCGCGCUCGCGUCACGGUUCGGCGGUUUCGAACAAGAAAUAGACUGUUUGGUCCUACCGAAACUCACCGUGAGUCUUCCUAGUCGAAGUGUAGACAUUUCUCGCUGGACCAUUCCGCGUAACUUGCCGUUAGCUGAUCCGAGGUUUAACAUUUCCCAAGGAGUGGAUCUCAUUGUUGGAGCGGAACUGUUUUUCGCUCUUCUCGAAUCCCAAAGGCUUACCCUCGCUGACGGAUUUCCCAUUUUGCAGAAAACUGUAUUAGGGUAUGUGGUGUCUGGCACAUCCCCCGCAGAGGCGCAGAAGACGGUAGUGUGCCACGUUGCUACCGAACAAGAUCUAAACGCCCAGCUGGAACGGAUGUGGGAAGUCGACGAUUUCGACGUCGGACGAGCGCUAACGCAGGAAGAGCAACAUGUAGAAGACCACUUCAUGCGCACUGUAUCCCGUGACGACACAGGACGCUAUGUUGUACGUCUACCGCUUAGAGAAUCCAGCGUUCCAUUCCUUGGAGAUUCCUACAAAGCUGCUGCCAAUCUGUUGUAUUCUAGUGGAGUCUCGAAAUUAGCUGCUGCCAAUAGAUUUUCGAUGAUGGAAAGACGUUUUGCCAAGGACGACGAACUGCGUGUGGAAUAUACGCAGUUUAUGGAGGAAUACUUAAGGCUGGGGCAUAUGGAGGAAUGUUCCCGCGUCGAUGGUCCUCAGUUUUACCUCCCGCACCACGCUGUACGCCGGCCAGAAAGCACGACCACAAGAACCAGAGUCGUCUUCGACGCGAGCAGCAAAUCCCAUGGCCAAUUGUCGCUGAACGAUGUCCUUUUCACCGGCCCAACGAUACAGCCAGCUUUGCUCGCCGUGGUUGUUAAUUUCCGGCUUCCCAGGUACGUAUUCUCCGCGGACGCCGAGAAAAUGUUUCGGCAAGUGUGGGUCCACCCGGACGAUCGAAGAUUCCAAUCUGUCGUUUGGCGUUCGGAUCCGUCUCAACCGUUGAAGCACUACCACCUGAAAACGGUGACCUACGGAUUGGCCAGCUCACCGUAUCAAGCUGCCCGCGUCCUAAAUAAGCUCGCUGAAGAUGAUGGAGACCAAUAUCCCCUAGCCGCACCAGUUGUUACAAAGCGCUUCUACGUGGAUGAUGCCUUUGCUGGAGGUGACAUCUUAGAGGAGGUUGCGGAGACAUGCCAGCAGUUACAAGAACUUCUCGCCAGAGGGGGUUUCACCCUUCUGAACUGUAUGGAGCAACCGGCCCAACGGAAAUCGGACGUAGUAUGGUCACAAAAGCACUGGGAUUACAGUGGAACCCAAUCACCGAUAAGCUCAGUUUCCAAGUUCCCGACCUGGAAAAUCUAG